AUGGUUAUCCAGGCAUGCUGGUUCCCUGGCUACAAGUUCUAAAGAGCUUAUGUGAUGUGUGGAGGGUGGGAGUGUAUUGCCUCAGCUGGAGAACACGCCUUUCUUCCACAACUAGCUGGAUAAGAAAAAAAAGACAUCCACUUGGCUACUUAAGGAGAAAUUCACUUUGGUGUCACUUGGGCCAGCUCUCUGCUUGCAGGCUGGUCCAUACUCUCCAUGAGACAGUGAUGGGGGGUUUCACCACAAUGCAAAGACCUGCUGCUCCCCUUCUCCUGAUGGGUCUGCUCUUCGCCUUCUGGAUACAGACCUCAAAUUGCCAGGGAUGUACGUCAAGUGAUUUUCGGUGUUCCAGCGGCCGCUGUAUUCCAUUAGGCUGGAGGUGUGACGGAUCUGCAGAUUGUCCUGAUAACUCAGAUGAAUUUGGCUGUCCUUCACGGUCAUGUGCUGCAGAUCAGUUUCGGUGUGGGGAUGGUGAAUGCAUUUUCCGAUCCUGGCUCUGUGAUGAUGAGGAAGACUGUAAUGAUGGCUCUGAUGAACAGCACUGUCCCGGGAGGACCUGCUCUGCUCAACAGUUCACAUGCUUUAGUGGUCAGUGUAUCCCAGGGGCCUAUAAAUGUGACCGUAUGAAGGACUGCACAGAUGGAUCUGAUGAACGCAACUGCCAAUAUCCUGUGUGCAGUCAACUUUCCUGUGCCAGCGGAGCCUGUUUCAAUACGAGUCAAAAAUGCGAUGGGAUUGUCAAUUGCCGGGACGCUUCAGAUGAGGCCAACUGCACCCAGAAAUGUUUGACCAACCAUUUUCAGUGCGCCAACGGAGAAUGCAUCCCUCGAGAUUUCAUCUGUGACCACGAUGACGACUGCGGAGACGGAAGUGAUGAAAAGGAUUGCACCUACCCAAGCUGUAAAGGAGAUUACUUCACCUGCCCAAGUGGUCGCUGUAUACACCAGAGCUGGAUUUGCGAUGGGGACGAUGACUGUGAUGACAAUGCUGAUGAAACUGGAUGUGAGAGUGGGUUGAGAGAAUGUGGCCCUGGAGAAUGGUCUUGUCCAUCGUCUGGCCAGUGCAUUUCUAUAGAUAAAGUCUGUGAUGGGACAAUUCACUGCCGAUUCGGAGAGGACGAAACCAAUACAACAGCUGGAAGGAACUGCAGUACUAGUAACUGCGCUGCACUGAGUUGUUCUUAUCGGUGUCAUUCCUCUCCAUCUGGCGGUGUCUGCUUUUGUCCAGCGGGAUAUAUUAUCAGUACGAACGACAGCCGGACCUGCAUUGAUUUUAAUGAUUGUCAAGUCUGGGGCAUCUGUGACCAACUCUGUGAAGAUCGUAUGGGCAGCCAUCGCUGUGGCUGUGUGGAUGGAUAUGUCUUGGAACAUAACAAGCACUGUAGAGCCAACACCACCACUGGUCCUCCAUGGAUAAUUUUUUCUAAUGGACGAGAUCUGCUUGUUGGCGACCUCCAUGGCAGUAGCUACCGCACAUUAGUGCGCUCACAGAAUCGUGGGAUUGCGGUGGGUGUGGAUUUCCAUUUCCAGCUUCGACGAGUCUUCUGGACGGACACCAUACAGGACAAGGUUUUUUCUGUAGAUUUUGACGGCUCAAAUGUUCGACAAGUCCUCAACGUAUCUGUUGAAUCACCUGAAAACUUAGCAGUAGACUGGAUUGGCAACAAGCUUUAUGUGGUUGAAACAAGUGUCAACAGGAUCGAUAUGGUAGACCUUGAUGGGCAGAAUCGGAUGACAUUAAUAGCAGAGGAUUUGGGCAGCCCAAGGGGUAUAGCGGUUGAUCCAACUGUUGGGUACUUAUUCUUUUCUGAUUGGGAUAGUGUCUCCGGAGAUCCGAAAUUGGAGAGAGCUUUUAUGGAUGGUACCAAUCGUCAUGAUUUGAUUAAGACCAAACUGGGCUGGCCCGCUGGGAUUACUCUGGACAUUGUAGCUAAGAGGCUGUACUGGGUGGAUAGCCGCUACGACUACAUUGAAACUGUGACCUAUGAUGGUCUUCAAAGGAAAACAAUAGUACAUGGAGGGGACAUUGUUCCGCACCCUUUUGGGAUUAGUAUCUUUGAGCAUUUUGUGUAUUUUACCGACUGGACAAAACUUGGUGUGUUAAAGGUCAACAAAUUUUCAGACACCACAUCUCAGACAGUGUUUAGUUCUUCACUGAGACCAUAUGGAGUCACCGUUUAUCAUUCAGCUCGCCAGCCGUAUGUGCGGAACCCAUGUGGAAACAAUAACGGAGGUUGUGAGCAGAUAUGUGUCCUCAGUCACAGAACAGACAAUGAUGGUCUUGGUUAUAGAUGUCGCUGUCGACUCGGGUUUGAUUUACAAGAUGGACGCCGUUGUGUUGGUGUCCAGAAAUUUUUGCUUUUCUCUUCGCAACUUGCUGUCCGUGGAAUUCCAUUUAACCUUUCCAUCCAGGAAGACGUCAUCAUCCCCAUCACCGGAGUCCCCUCCUAUUUUGUUGGAAUUGAUUUCGAUGCUCAAGAUAACAGCAUAUAUUAUUCCGACACUGUAAAAGACAUGAUCUACAAGCAGAAAGUGGACGGGACAGGUAAAGAAAUUCUCACAGCCAAUAGGGUGGAAGGUGUGGAAGACCUGGCUUAUGACUGGAUCUCUAAGAACCUCUACUGGACCGACCCGAGAUACAGAAGCAUCAGUGUCAUGAGACUUGUAGAUAAGUCCAGAAGAGCGAUCAUUCAGAAUUUAAAUCAGCCCCGCUCCAUUGUAGUGCACCCAGUGAUGGGGUUCCUUUAUUGGACUGAUUGGUACCGCCCAGCUAAAAUCAUGAGGUCUUGGUGUGAUGGAUCACAUGCAUCACCAAUUGUAAAUACAACUCUUGGAUGGCCAAAUGGUUUGGCCAUGGACUGGAGCUCACUACGGAUAUAUUGGGUGGAUGCGUUCUUUGAUAAAGUGGAACAUAGCAAUUUCGAUGGCUCUGACAGACAAACCCUUAGCAGAAUAACACAGAUGACUCAUCCAUUUGGCCUCACUAUUUAUGGAGGCUAUGCAUACAUAACUGACUGGAGGCUGCAGGCCAUUGUCCGAAUCAGGAAAUAUGAUGGAGGAGACAUGACGAUCAUUCGCAGAGGGAUCAAUAAUAUUGCGCAUGUGAAAUCAUUUGAUGCCGGCAUUCAGAUAGGGUCAAAUCAGUGCAACCGACCAACAAACCCAAAUGGAGAUUGUAGCCACUUUUGUUUCCCAGUCCCCAAUUACCAAAGGGUGUGCGGCUGCCCAUAUGGGAUGAGGCUCCGUCCUGAUCAAGUCACUUGCGUGGAAGAUCCAUCUAAUGAACCCCCUACUAUGCAGUGCGGACUUUAUUCAUUCGCCUGUGCCAACGGCAAGUGUGUGCCAGGUUAUUACCGCUGUGAUGGUGUCGAUGACUGCCACGACAACAGUGAUGAACUGGGUUGUGGAUCCCUGAACACUACAUGUUCCUCCAGAGCAUUCACCUGCCGCAAUGGGCAGUGCCUCCCCCAGAACUGGCGCUGUGAUAAACACAAUGACUGUCUUGAUGGCAGCGAUGAGCAGAAUUGUCCAACCCAAGGUCCUUGGUCGUGUCCUGCCACCUCAUUCACCUGUAAUAAUAACCACUGUAUUCCUAGGAUAUGGCUCUGUGACACAGACAAUGACUGCGGAGAUGGAUCUGAUGAAUUGAACUGCAAUUUUACAAAUACCUGUGAGCCAGGCCAGUUCCAAUGUCCAGAUCAUCGCUGUAUCGACUCGUAUUUCAUCUGUGAUGGUGACAAAGAUUGUGUCGAUGGUUCUGAUGAAAAAGACUGCGUCUACAACUGUACAGCCUCACAAUUUACCUGUGCUACGGGUAACCAGUGCAUCAACCUCUACUACCAGUGCGACGGGGUGUUUGACUGCAACGACCAUUCUGACGAAAGAAACUGUCCAACACGGCCAGCAGGGAUGUGCCACCAGCAUGAAUUCCAGUGCCAGUCAGAUGGGUCAUGUAUCCCCUCGAACUGGGAAUGCGAUGGGCAUCCAGAUUGCGUUGAUGGGUCUGAUGAACACCACAGUUGUCCAGUUAGAACAUGUCCUCCCUCCCACUUUCAGUGUGACAAUGGAAACUGUGUCUACCGUUCCUGGAUUUGUGAUGGGGACAAUGACUGCCGAGACAUGAGUGAUGAAAGAGACUGUCCAACUCCACCAUUUAGCUGUCCCAGCUGGCAGUGGCAAUGCCCAGGCCUAAGUAUAUGUGUGAACAUCAGCCAAGUAUGUGAUAACACGCCAGACUGUCCCAAUGGGGCAGACGAGUCUCCUCUCUGCAAUGAGCCACAACCAGAUCAGGAGAGCUGUACAGACAGUAAUGGUGGCUGUACUCACGGAUGUAUACAAGGACCAUUUGGGGCCCAGUGCACCUGCCCGCUUGGAUACCAGCUACUAAAUGACUCUAAAACGUGUGAUGAUAUGAAUGAGUGUCUUAUUCCUGGAAUUUGCAGUCAAAGCUGUAAUAAUGAGAGAGGCUCCUUUAGAUGUGACUGCGAUGAGGGCUAUAUUUUAGAACCCAAUGGAAGAACUUGUAAAGCCUCCGAGUUUGGAAAUCUGCUGCUGUUGGUGGCAAGUCGUAGCCAGAUAGUUGCCGACAAUAUCACCACGCAAGCUCACAACAUUUAUUCGGUGAUCAGGGAUGGACGCAGUAUAGUGGCUGUGGAUUUCGACUCUGUCACAGGUCGGAUUUACUGGUCUGACACGUCGCAGGAUAAAAUAUGGAGCGCCUUCGUCAAUGGGACAGAUAGGAAAGUUAUUUUUGACAGCGGUGUCACCGUGACGGAAAGUAUCGCUGUAGACUGGGUAGGACGAAACCUUUACUGGACAGACUAUGUUUUGGAGACCAUCGAAGUCUCUAAACUUGAUGGGACUCACAGGACUGUCCUCAUCAGUGAGAAUGUGACAAAUCCUCGAGGGCUUGUGCUGGAUCCUAGAACAGAUGUUCGGCUAAUGUUUUGGACAGACUGGGGAAGAAAUCCUAGAAUAGAAAGGUCCAGUAUGGAUGGGACAUUAAGAACCGUUAUAAUUUCGGAGAAGAUCUAUUGGCCCAAUGGACUUACUAUUGAUUACCCUACGAAGCGCCUAUACUUUGCGGAUGCCUACCUAGACUACAUUGACUACUGUGAUUACAAUGGAAAUAACAGGAGGCAGGCUUUGGCUAGUGAUUUGGUGCUACAACAUCCACAUGCCAUUGCCAUAUUUGAAGACUACAUCUAUUGGAGCGACCGAUACAGCAAUCGGGUCAUAAGAGCAAAUAAGUGGCAUGGUGGCAACCAGACCGUCAUGAUUUAUAAUAUACAGCAACCAAUGGGGCUUGCAGCAGUUCAUCCUGUUAAACAGCCUGGAGGGCAAAAUCCAUGUUCAUCAAACCCAUGCAGCCAUCUUUGCUUGCUGUCUUCAAGUUCUUCAAAAUUUUAUACCUGUGCCUGUCCUUCUGGAUGGUCAUUAAUGGACGAUUCAGUAAACUGUCAGCGAGAUGAAAAACCGUUCCUCAUUGUAAUGAGAGAUAACAUCAUUUAUGGAAUAUCUCUUGACCCCUCGGGAAAGACCAACGAUGCCAUGGUGCCAAUAGCAGGCAUCCGUAAUGGAUAUGAUGUGGAAUUCGAUGAUACAGAACAAAUGAUCUACUGGAUUGAAUAUCCUGGUGAAAUCCACAGAGUAAAGGCAGAUGGAACUAACAGGACAGCGUUUGCUCCAUCUGUGAUCAUGGGCACACCUAUCGGUCUGGCAUUAGACUGGAUCUCAGGGAAUCUUUAUUACACAAAUCCAGCAACUCAGUCCAUUGAGGUUCUUAAGAUGUACGGUGAUGUAAAGUAUAGAAAGACUGUUAUUACAAAUGAUGGGACCUCUACGGGAGCUGGAAGGCCACUUGGAAUUACCAUUGAUCCAGCUAGAGGAAAGAUGUACUGGACAGAUCAGGGGACCGAAAGUGGAGUUCCUCCAAAGAUUGCCAGUGCACACAUGGAUGGCUCCAAUCCAGCCGUCUUGUUCACCAACAGCCUUGAUCACGUCGAGUUCAUCACUAUUGACAUCGCCGAACAGAAGCUGUACUGGGCCGUGACUGGCAGCGGAGUGAUUGAAAGAGGAAACGUGGAUGGAACGAACAGAAUAACCGUAGUGCAGCAUCUCUCGCACCCCUGGGGUAUAGCGGUCCAUGAAAAUUUCCUGUACUAUACUGACCGCGACUAUGAAGCCAUUGAACGUGUGGAUAAGUCUACAGGAUCUAACAGGGUAGUCAUAAGAGACAACGUCUCAGGACUUAAGUGUCUACGUGUCCACUACAGAGACAAAACGUCUGGUUCUUCUAAUGGAUGCAGCAAUAAUCCCGAUGUUUGCCAACAAUUGUGUUUGCCCAAGCCCAGUGGACAGUUUUCUUGUGCAUGUGCUACAGGAUUCCGCCUCGGUGCUGAUAACAGAACGUGCACGCCAUACAAUUCCUUUGUUGUAGUAUCAAUGCUGUCAGCCAUUAAAGGAUUCAGCCUAGAAUCUGGGGAUCAUUCUGAAGCUAUGGUUCCAAUGGCUGGACAAGGCCGUAAUGCCCUUCAUGUGGAUGUGCACAUGCAGUCUGGUUUUAUAUAUUGGUGUGACUUCAGCAGCACUGUAUCUGGAUAUAAUGCCAUCCAUCGUGUUAAACCCAAUGGCUCCAAUUUUAGAAAUGUUGUUACUGGUGGUAUUGGGAGGAAUGGAAUUCGAGGCAUCGCUGUAGAUUGGGUUGCAGGAAACCUCUACUUCACCAAUGCUUUCCUGACGGAAACCUUCAUUGAAAUAGUUCGUCUGAACACUACAUACCGCCGUGUCCUCAUGAAAACUUCAGUGGAUAUGCCCAGGCAUAUUGUGGUAGACCCCAAGAACAGAUACGUCUUCUGGGCAGAUUACGGACAAAAUCCUAAAAUUGAGCGUGCUUUUCUGGAUUGCACCAACAGAACCGUUCUGGUGUCUGAGGGAAUUGUUACCCCAAGAGGAUUAUCGGUGGAUCGCAGUACUGGCUAUGUUUAUUGGGUAGAUGACUCUUUGGAUAUGAUUGCAAGAGUUCGACCAGAAGGGGGUGACACAGAAAUAGUAAGAUAUGGCAACCGUUACCCAACUCCUUAUGGGAUUACUGUAUUUGAGAACACAGUUAUCUGGGUGGACCGAAACUUGAAAAAGGUUUUCCAAGCCAGCAAGGAACCUGGGAACACUGAACAACCGACUGUCCUCAGGGAUAACAUUGAUCUUCUUAGGGACGUCACUGUAUAUGACAAACGUUUUCAGCCAAUCUCAGCACAGGAAAUGAAUAACAACCCAUGUUUGGGGAAUAAUGGAGGGUGUGCACACUUCUGCUUUGCCUUACCUGGGACACAGACAAGAAAGUGUGGUUGUGCUUUUGGGGCACUUGGAAGUGAGGGAACAAGAUGUGUCAUCUCCACAGAUGACUACUUGAUAUAUGCACUUGAAGGCUCCAUCAAUAGCUUGCUCCUGGAUCCUGAAAAUCACAGUCCCCCUUUCCCCAGGGUCAAUGUUCCUAGGACAGCAGUGGCUUUGGAUUAUGACAGCUUGGAUAACAGGAUAUACUACACGCGAAGUGCAGGGGCUGGACGCAGUGAAAUUCGCUACUUUGAACUUUCAGCAUUAAAUCAACAUACUACCGUGGCUUCAGAUUUGGGAGCUCCAGAUGGAAUAGCCUUUGACUGGAUUCAUAAAAGGGUUUAUUACAGUGACUAUCUUAACCAGACCAUAGCCUCGAUGGCCCUAAAUGGGUCUGAUCGUACAGUCAUUGCUCGUGUAUCCCGGCCCAGAGCCAUCAUGUUGGAUCCGUGCAGAGGGUAUAUGUACUGGACAGACUGGGGCAGCAAUGCCAAAAUAGAAAGAGCUACCCUAGGAGGCAAUUUUCGGACAGUAAUAGUUAACACUAGCUUGGUGUGGCCAAAUGGACUUACCCUAGACUACGAUGAAGAGCGGAUCUAUUGGGCUGAUGCAAGUUUACAGAAGAUAGAACGCUGCUCUACAACUGGGGCAAAUCGGGAGGUAGUGGUGAGCACAGCCAUUUAUCCGUUUGCUAUGACCCUCUAUGACCAACACAUUUAUUGGACAGACUGGAACACAAGAAGUAUAUACCGGGCCAAUAAACAUGAUGGUUCAGAUCAAAUAGUCAUGGUUCAGAACCUGCCCCAGCGCCCAAUGGAUAUUCAUGUCUUGUCUAAAAACAAACAACAGCAGUGUGCCAGCCCCUGCGACCAGUUCAAUGGCGGCUGCAGUCACAUCUGUGCGCCAGGUCCUAAUGGAGCAGAAUGCCAAUGUCCUUCAACUGGAAGCUGGUAUUUGGCAAACAACAACAAGGAUUGUAUCGUGGACAAUGCUACCAGGUGCCAGACAGGGCAGUUUACAUGUCUCAAUGGCCGGUGCAUACCGGAAAGAUGGAAGUGUGACAAUGACAAUGACUGUCAGGAUGGUAGUGAUGAACUGGAACGUGUAUGUGCUUUUCACACCUGCUCGCCGACAGCAUUCACAUGUGGCAAUGGGAAAUGUGUGCCCUAUCACUACCGCUGCGACCAUUAUAAUGACUGCGGAGAUAAUAGUGAUGAAGCCGGAUGUCUGUUCAGAACCUGCGACCAAAACACUGAAUUUGCCUGUAAUAAUGGCAGGUGUAUUUCCCGCUCGUAUGUUUGCAAUGGGGUCAACAACUGCUAUGACAAUGGCACGUCGGAUGAGAGGAACUGCCCCGAUCGCACAUGUCAACCUGGGCACACCAAAUGUCAGAGCACCAACAUUUGCAUUCCUCGUACUUAUCUGUGUGAUGGAGAUAAUGACUGUGGAGAUAUGAGCGAUGAAAGCCCCACUCACUGUGCUACCCUUACGUGUACAGAAAGUGAAUUCCGCUGUGCCUCGGGGCGUUGUAUUCCUGGUCACUGGUACUGUGAUCAAGGAGUAGACUGUGCAGACGGCUCUGAUGAACCAGCAUCGUGUGUGGCUCAUGAGAGGACAUGUUCAAGUUACCAGUUUAGGUGCGAUGAUGCCCGAUGUAUCCCAGCAACAUGGGUCUGUGAUGGUGACAAUGACUGUGGGGACAUGAGUGAUGAGGACCAGAGGCACAAUUGUGCCAACCGCAGCUGUGCCCCAACAGAGUUUACCUGCAUAAACAACCGCCCCCCCGAAAGAAGGUGCAUUCCACAAAACUGGGUCUGUGAUGGAGAUUCGGACUGCUCCGAUGCCUACGAUGAACACCAGAAUUGUACAAGGCGGACUUGCACCAGCACUGAGUUCUCUUGCAGUAAUGGCCUCUGUAUACGAAGCAGCUUCAGGUGUGACAGACGCAAUGACUGUGGAGAUAACAGCGAUGAAAGCGGGUGCAGCUAUCCGCCUUGUCAGCAGCAACAGUUCACUUGUCAGAACGGCCGUUGUAUUACCAGGGCCUAUGUCUGCGAUGGAGACAAUGACUGCGGGGACGAGUCCGAUGAACUGGAACAUCUUUGCAGUACACCGGAGGCGACCUGUGCUCCCAACUUCUUUAAAUGUGACAAUGGCCACUGUAUUGAAGCUGUCAAAGUCUGCAACAGGCUUGAUGAAUGCUCGGAUAACAGCGAUGAGAAAGGCUGUGGUGUGAAUGAAUGCACGGAUCCUUCUAUCAGCGGCUGUGAUCACAACUGUACAGAUACACAGACCAGCUUCAUCUGUAGCUGUCGGCCUGGAUACAGGCUCAUGUCCGAUAAGCGAACCUGUGAUGAUAUAGAUGAGUGUGCAGAGUCUCCUUGGGUAUGCAGCCAAAACUGUGAGAACACCGCCGGCUCCUACAUCUGCAAGUGUGCUCCCGGCUACAUCAGGGAACCCGACGGGAAAAGCUGCCGCCAAAAUAGCAACAUUGCCCCUUAUCUUAUAUUCAGUAACCGCUAUUAUCUGAGAAACCUGACAGUGGAUAGGCUGUCUUAUUCCCUCAUCUUACAAGGGCUGAGCAAUGUGGUGGCCCUGGACUUUGAUCGGGUAGAAGAACGAUUGUACUGGAUUGAUGUGGGGAGGAGAGUUUUGGAGAGAAUGUUCCUCAAUGGAACCAACAAAGAGACAAUCAUUAGCACUGAUAUACUCAGCGGGGAAGGCUUGGCGGUCGAUUGGGUCGGCAGAAAACUCUAUUGGGUGGACUCCUACAAGAACUGUAUCAGUGUUGCGGAGCUGGAUGGAAGGUUCAGGAAGAGACUGGUUGACCGCUGCGCAGACGUCAAUAACACCUUCUGCUUUCAGCGUCCUAGAGCUAUUGUGGUUUAUCCGAAGAAAGGGCACAUUUACUGGACAGACUGGGGAGACAAGCCAUACAUUGGCAGAGUUGGCAUGGAUGGCAAGAACAAAACUGUUAUCAUUUCUACAAAGUUGGAAUGGCCUAAUGGAAUCACAAUAGAUUACACCAAUGACAAGCUCUACUGGGCUGACGCUCACUUGAACUACAUUGAAUACUCGGGCUUGGAUGGUAGACACCGGCACGCUGUGUACGAUAGCGGCCUCGCUCACCCUUUUGCUGUCUCCGUAUUUGAAGAUACAAUAUAUUGGACUGACUGGAACACCAGAACGGUGGAAAAGGGGAAUAAAUACGACGGGUCUGGAAGGAUGAUGUUGGUCAAUACCACACACAGGCCAUUUGAUAUUCAUGUAUAUCAUCCUUACAGACAACCUAUAGUGGCGGUUGUUCCCACUUGUGUCUCAUCAAAGAAGGAGGAGAAGGCUACACUUGUGAUUGUCCAGACAAUUUCUUGGCCAUGCACUUUGGAAGCAUAGUUCGCUGCCUUCCUUCGUGCUCCAGUACACAGUUUUUAUGUGCCGACAGUGAAAGAUGUAUCCCGAUAUGGUGGAAAUGUGAUGGCCAGCGAGACUGCAGGGAUGGCUCUGAUGAGCCAUCUACCUGUCCACAUCGCUACUGCCGCGUGGGACAGUUCCAAUGCAAUGACGGAAACUGCACAAGUUCACACUUCUUAUGUAACACUAUCCCAGACUGCCCAGACAACUCAGAUGAAGAUGCAAUACUUUGUGCUACACACCAGUGCGAGGACCACCAGUGGCAGUGUGCGAACAAGCGUUGUAUCCCCGAGGCAUGGCAGUGUGACACGGAGGAUGACUGCGGCGAUAACUCAGACGAAGACAGCACCCAUUGUAACACAAGGACCUGUAAUCCUGGGCAAUUCAAGUGCAACAAUGGACGCUGCAUCCCUCAGAGCUGGAAAUGCGAUGUGGACAAUGACUGCGGAGAUCAUUCAGAUGAGCCCAUUCAGGAGUGCAUGGGUCCGGCCUAUCGCUGUGACAACCACACUGACUUUGACUGCAAGACAAACUAUCGUUGCAUCCCGCUGUGGGCUGUGUGCAAUGGUUACGAUGACUGCAGAGACAACUCUGAUGAAGAAAACUGUGAACAAAGAACAUGUGAUCCACUUGGGGACUUUCGCUGUGAAAAUCAUCGCUGUAUUCCUCUGCGUUGGAAAUGCGACGGAGACAAUGACUGCGGGGAUGGAUCUGAUGAGCGCAACUGCAGCCCCCGGGAGUGCACCGAAAGUGAAUUCCGAUGUGACAAUCUUCACUGUAUUCCCAGCCGCUGGCUUUGUGAUCAUGACAACGACUGUGAAGAUAACUCAGAUGAAAGAGAUUGCGACAUGAGAACUUGCCAUCCUGGGUAUUUCCAAUGUAAUAGCGGACAUUGUGUCUCUGAGCGAUUCAGGUGUGAUGGAACAGCUGACUGUCUAGACUUUUCCGAUGAAAUGACUUGCCCAACUCGCUAUCCGAAUGGAACAUACUGCCCUCCUUUUAUGUUCGAGUGUAAGAACCAUGUGUGCAUCCUGCCAUACUGGAAGUGCGAUGGUGACAAUGAUUGUGGAGAUAAUUCCGAUGAAGAACUGAACCUCUGCUUGGACAUCCCUUGUGAGCCUCCCUUCCGUAUGCGAUGUAACAACAACCGCUGCAUCUACAGGCACGAGGUAUGCAACACCGUGGACGACUGUGGUGAUGGAAGCGAUGAGACUGAAGAACAGUGUAUAAAUCCCACCCCACGGCCGUGCACAGAAGAAGAAUACAAGUGUAGUAACUCUCACUGCAUCCCCCAUCACUACGUGUGCGACAACUACGACGACUGUGAGGACAGUUCUGAUGAAAUUGGUUGUAACAUAGGUACUGGACGACACUGCGGAGAAAACAUCUGUGAACAUAACUGCACUAACUUAGCUGAAGGGGGAUUUCUCUGUCAUUGCCGACCAGGAUACAAAGCCGGCGAGACUGACCGCAAUUCUUGUGAAGAUAUUAAUGAGUGUGAGAUAUAUGGAACGUGUCCACAAGACUGUAAGAACUCCAAAGGAAGCUACGAAUGCUUUUGUGCUGAAGGAUUUCGAUCUGUAGGAGACGAGCAUGGAAAACAAUGUGCAGCUGAGGGUAACCCUCCACUUCUGCUCUUGCCGGACAACGUAAGAAUAAGAAGGUACAAUCUGUCCUCUGAGCAGUACUCCGAUUAUAUUGAGAAUCAGCAGCAUAUCCAGGCCCUGGACUACGACUGGGAUCCCGAGGGAAUAGACCUCAGUGUGGUAUAUUACAGCAUUCGUGGACAAGGCUCUGCGUUCGGCUCCAUCAGACGGGCCUAUAUACCCACAUUUGAAGAUUAUGGCAAUAAUAUGGUUAAGGAUGUUGAUCUGAAUUUGCGCUACAUAGUGAAUCCAGACGGACUAGCUGUGGACUGGGUUGGAAGACACAUUUAUUGGACCGAUGCUGGAACGAAUCGUAUCGAAGUGGCCAAACCAGACGGAAGAUAUAGAAAGUGGCUUAUAUACACUCAAGUGGACCAGCCGGCAGCCAUCGCUCUCAAUCCAGAGCUUGGAAUGAUGUAUUGGACAGACUGGGGAAGACAACCGAAGAUAGAACAAGCCUGGAUGGACGGGCAGCAGAGACGGGUUCUGGUCUCAGAAGACCUUGGCUGGCCAACUGGAAUCUCUAUCGACUACAUCAACAACAACAGGAUCUACUGGAGUGACUCCAAGGAAAAUGUCAUUGAAUCUAUUAAACCUGAUGGCACAGACAGGCAGACAGUAAUACAUGGAGAUCUCGGCAACCCUUACAGCCUGGAUGUGUUUGAGGGCCACCUGUACUGGACAACGAAGGAGAAGGGCGAGGUGUGGAAAAAAGACAAGUUUGGUACUGGAGAGAAAGUGAAAGUUCUGACAAUUAACCCAUGGCUUACCCAAGUGCGGAUAUACCACUCACGUCGAUACGACCGCUCAGUCCCAAAUCGCUGCAAAGACAUCUGCUCCCACCUGUGCUUGUUGAGACCGGGAGGCUACACAUGUUCCUGUCCACAAGGGACCCAAUUUAUGCAGGGCAGCACCUCUGAGUGCGACGCAGCUAUUGAACCCCCUCCAACCAUGCCACCGGCAUGCAGAUGUAUGCAUGGAGGAACAUGCUAUUUUGAUGAAAUGGGCCUUCCAAAAUGCAAGUGCACAUCUGGGUAUUCUGGAAGCUAUUGCAAUAUGGCAUAUACUGCAGGCAUCCCGCCAGGAACUGCGGCAGUCGCUGUGCUCAUCACUGUCAUUUUGGUUAUCAUUAUCUGUUCCUUGGUGGUCGGAGGCCUCUUCAAUUACAGACGGACAGGAAAACUUUUACCGGCUCUUCCCAAGUUCCCAAGCUUGAGCGCGCUGGUGAAAUCAACAGAAAAUGGCAACGGUGUAACGUUCCGUUCCGGAGCUGACGUCAGCAUGGAUAUUGGGGUGUCCGGAUUUGGUGCAGAGUCUUCUAUAGACAGAGUAAUGCAGAUGAAUGAAACCUUCACUAUGGAUGCCGGAAAGGAGCCAGUUACAUAUGAGAACCCCAUGUACUCACAUGUCGGGGAGAGUGGUGUGAGUGUGGUGAAUAUCAGCCAGCCGCCAGAUGUGACCGACGUCAGCAAUGGACAAAAAACAGAUAACUUUGAAAAUCCGCUGUAUUCUGUUGACGCUCCACAGGCCUCAGCAAGCACAGAAGUCAUUCAGGUUGAGCAGGAAUCUAAGUGGAAUUUCUUUAAACGGAAGAUUAAACAAAGCACAAACUUUGAGAAUCCAAUCUAUGCGGAGAUGGAAAAAGACCAAGAAAAUGAAGCGGAGGAAGAGCCGUCCCCCUUUACCUCUCCUCCUCCCCUCCCGAAACCUUCUCAGAAGAAGGAGCAGCCACACUUUUCCUUCUCCCCCACGGAGGACACUUUCAUUGACACUGCCAAUCUUGUGAAGGAAGACUCAGAUGUAUAACCAAUUCUAGGAAAAUGUCAGACACUCUUGCACAUGUUUUUAUAUUGGUCAAGAACGUUCAUGUCGUUACAAAAUACUCUUUUUAGCCUCUAGGUGAAGACUUUUUGCCUUCUUUUUUUUUUUUUUUUUAUUAAAUAUGCCAAUUGCAAUUUUUAUGAACAAUUAUCACAAUGUACUAUAUGUAUAUCUUUGCACUGAGACUGACUGAAAAUAAUAUAAAUAUUUUGUAUAUUUGUAAAUUUUUGAGAGAAAAAUUAUUGUUGUCAUUGAAAACUUUUAGAAAUAGUACAAAAUAAUGAAAGGCACAUUAGUAAUUUGUAAUAAGUUACCUAGGAAUGCAUUAAUAUGUACAGGAGCCGCUUUUAACACCGACAUUUCUUUUUUAAAUUGUACAGAUGUUUAUACAAACUUCUAUUAAGAAAUCUACCUUCAUAGAGCACCAUGGAGAAUAUAUAUAUAUUUGUGUAUUGGUUCGGCUGCAUAUAUUUUCUGGUACCUGUUUUGUAGACCAGUUCUGUUUUAGUCUACUUACUAUGCAAAACUUGGAACAAUCAGACGUCAAUGAAAAAAAAUAAAAUAUUAUUAAUGAUGUAUCGGAUGCAAUUUUGUU